GGCCCUAAACGGCACAGAGCCAUCUUCGCAACCCAAGGAACUAGCAAGAAGAAUCGCCCACUGUGUGGAAUCACCCUCUUCCUCUUCCUCUUCCUCCUAAACAAUGGCCGGGAAGCCGAUCACCGGCGAAGAUGUAUCUAUUAAUCUUGCCGGGAUGUCAAAGAACCAGCUCUACGACAUAAUGUCUCAGAUGAAGACACUUAUCGAACAGAACAAGCAACAAGCGAGACAAAUUCUCAUCCAAAACCCGCUCUUGACUAGAGCUCUCUUUCAGGCACAAAUUAUGCUUGGGAUGGUUCAGCCUCCUCAAGUGAUUCCAAGCAUCCAACCAGCAGUGGCACAGCAUCCUCAGCAAUCAGCACAGCAUCCUCAGCAAUCAGCACAGCCAGCUCAGCAGUCAAACAUUCAUGUUGCUCACUCAUUGCCAGGAAUAAGUGCAUCGGAGACCCCAAAUCCCAUUAGAAAGCAACAGCAAAACGAACCAUUGAUUCAAAUCUCAUCUGCUGCUGCUCCUCCUAUCAACCCUCAUUCCCAAUCCUUGCCUUCACAUCCCUUACAGUCAGUGCAGCAGCCCAAGGGACAUCAUAAUGGCCAAGCAUCAACAAUGUCGCUUCCACAAGCCUCUCAAAUUCCUAAUACCCCUCCACUUCCAAUCCAUUCUGCUUCCCAACCACCCUCACUUCUCCAACCCCCAAUACCUACUGCCACCACCCAGUUGCAACAACCAUUACAGACAAGUGGUAUUCCUCAUCUGCCGCAGCAACCUCCCUUGCCUCCACAACCCAGACCACCUUCAAUGCCAGUUUUCCCUCAUCAGGUUCACUCACAAAUGGGGCCGAAUGUGGGUUUCCAGCACUCUGGUGCACCUCAGCUUCAUCAUUCACAAUUUAUGUUUCCUUCAGUUCUCAAACCUCAAUUUCUGCAAGGACAGCCACCACUUCCAAGUCAGCUGCCACCUCAAUCAUUGUAUCAGGUUGGAGGUUCACAUUUAGGUACAGAAUUCAAUAGUCAGGUUGGAAACUCCAUGCAAGCAGACAGGGGAUCUGCUUGGAUGCCUGGUCUGCCUGAGAAUACAGCUGAAACACACCUUCCAGGACCACCCCCAUUGGUCCCUGGUCUGAUGGGAGCGGGCAAUCAGCAGUCUCGUGCCCCACCGUUAAGCCCCGAGAUGGAGAAGGCACUACUUCAACAGGUCAUGAGCCUGACACCUGAACAAAUUAAUCUCUUGCCUCCAGAGCAAAGAAAUCAAGUGCUUCAGUUGCAACAGAUGCUGCGCCAAUAAAUUGACAAAAAAAAAAAAA